UAUCCCUCUCCUCCUCCGGUGCCCGACCCAGCUCUUUCUUUCCUUCAAUUUCCCGACGCGCCAGUAAAGCAAGAAUUACAUGAAUCAAGGUUACUAGCUGAACUUCAGUAUCUGGUCUACGAACCGUGCUCAAAGAACUAGAUUCGAAUUCGCCAUUCCUCAAAUCAAAAUCGGAUACUGAUGGUGGUUCGAAACUUCUGAUGUAUCAGCAGGUUCAGUUUGUGAUAAAUUGAGUGCUGCCUUCCAUUUGAUAACAUGAUGGAGGUGAAAACUAAGGAAGAUAAUCUUCCCGCCGCCACAACGGUCGGCAAAGACGGAUCGUCUAUUCAGAUAAAGGUGCUGUUCUUCGCCAAAGCUCGAGAUUUAACCGGGUUGACAGAGCUAUCGGUGGAGGUUCCAUCCGGUAGUACUGCACAAGAUUGUCUAAACAAGCUUGUUUCGAAGUUCCCAAACUUGGACGAGAUUCGCCACUGCAUUGUUCUUGCUCUCAACGAGGAAUAUACAACUGAUUCGGCUGUUGUUAAAGACAAAGAUGAAUUGGCCAUUAUUCCUCCUAUAAGCGGCGGGUAAGCAGUUUCUGUUUCAUGUUUUCAAAGGCACUCGAAGAAUAAAAACACAAACUUCAACUGUAUAAUGUUUGGUGGAGCACUUCAAUC